UUCGGAAGUUGGACCGGAAGUCCUUUUGGGUUUCGAAAAUGAAAAAUUGAAAGCUAAGCGGCAGAACCCGACCUGGAGCUAGACCUGAACUGGGGCCUGACCGCAUGAGAGCAGCGGAACCGAGAGGGUGACCCCUAAAGAAGGCCUGUGUGUGACGAUCAUGCUGACGUGUGAGGUGUGUGGGGAGGAGCUUCUCCUGGAGGAGGACAUGAAGACACACCUGCUGCUCGUCCAUCUGGAGGCCGACCUGCACUGCCCCCUCUGCUUCCUGUCCGCCGUGUCCUACGAUCAGCUCCACGCUCACAUGUCAACGGCACAUCCUGAGGAGCAGCACAACCACCCGAAACCUCUCAACAGCACUUUUGCCAGAACCAGUACCAGUAAAGUCCCAAUGGGUCAGCCUGCUGGUACUCCAGCUGAAAAAGAGAAAUCCAUCAGAGCCUCUACUUUGGUGAACUUAAAACCUCAGGAGCAAGAAAUCCCACCAGAUCCGGAGCAUGCUGGACCCCUCUCUGCAACUUUGUCUGCAGAGGAACCAGAAACCUCACAGGAGUCUGACAGGAACCAGGCCCGACAGCUGUGGAGUUCAGGAGGACGUCCUGGUACAUUUCAAAUGUUGGAGCACUCAGGAGAACCCAACCUGUCCUGCCCCAUGUGUGCGCUGGUGUGCACGAGCCCCUUGGUUUUGCAGGAACACGUGGAGCUGCAUUUGGAGGAGCAGCACCCAGAAAAAGGACGGAGGCCGUGGGAGUGUCCCAUGUGCUCAGCUGAAUGCGCCGACAGUGCUGCGCUGCAGGAACAUGUGGAGCUGCACCUGGACCCCUGCACAGGACGCUCCAGCUCUGAUCUAAGCCUGGCGGUCCAGCUGCAGCAGGAAGAGGAACAACACAGGAGGAGGGAAGAGGCGAGGCAGGAGGCGGAGCACUUCAAGAAGCUGCAGAGGCGCUAUGGUUUGGACGGGUCAGGGGGCUACCGCCGGCAGAUGGAGAGGACCAUGGAAAGGGAGGUUUCUCGUGGCCGGCUGGCACCCGCAGACUUUCACCGUAAAAAGGCUGACUUGAUGGAGUCUCUGACCUCGGGCGUUGAUGACGGCAGAUCCAGAACCUGCGGUGCAGUCGAUGCCUUGACGGAGUAUUAUCGGACCCCGGCCUGUGACUGCGCCCACGUGUGGCUCUGUUCCGACACCGACCACUUUGGCGCAUCGGCAGGAGACAAAGGCUGGGGCUGCGGCUACAGAAACUUCCAAAUGCUGCUGUCCUCCCUGCACAGAACUGAGCCCUACGCCUCUUCACUUCAAGAAAAGGCAGUUCCUUCUAUCCCACAGGUCCAGAGAAUGAUAGAAGAGGCCUGGAAAGCAGGUGUGGAUCCACAAGGAGCAUCCCACUUCAACCACCGCCUGCAGGGAACACGGGCCUGGAUCGGGGCCACAGAGAUCUACGUGUUGCUCACCUGGCUGGGUGUCAGAGCACGCAUCAUUGACUUCCACCAGCCUACGGGCCCCGGGGACACCCAUCCCCGGCUGUUUGACUGGGUCAGACAGUACUUCCUUCAGUCCAGCCAGAGCAACAGACUGCCCCCCAAGGUCAUCCGAACCAGCCUGCCCCCACUUUACCUUCAGCACCAAGGUCACAGCCGCUUGGUUGUCGGCGUGGAGCAGAGGAAAAGCGGCGCCCUGGCCCUUCUCGUUAUGGAUCCCGGAUCGAAGCUGUCACUAAGCACUGAUGCGGUUUCCGUGGCGAUUCGCCACAUCAGGAAGUUCCCCAGCAGCCUGAAGCACAAACAGUAUCAGCUGCUGGCGGUGCAGGGGGUGCUGUCUGCAGAGGACAAACAGGCUGCUGUCUUCAACUCCAGGACUCUCUGUGCAGAGAAGAUCCCAUGAGAGGCUCUCCAAGCAUCUUUUUACUGAUCACAGUCUUCAUAAUUUGGUUUUAGAUGUUUUAUAAUAAAUGCUUUCCAUACAAAAGU